UGUCUUUACUCAGAUCUAUCAGAUUUUCGAAUAGACGAUAUGAGCCAAUUCCUGAUGAACCGCAUCCGGAAGGUCACUUUCAUUCUCCAGAAAUAAUUAGGGAUAUUGUAUUGGGAUUAAGUGACGGUUUGACUGUUCCCUUUGCUUUGGCUGCGGGUCUUUCUUCUUUAGGGAAUAGUCGUUUAGUAAUCAUUGGUGGUCUUGCUGAGUUAAUAUCAGGUGCCAUUUCGAUGGGUUUAGGCGGUUAUUUGGCUGCAAAAUCAGAUUCGGAUCAUUAUGAUACGGAAAGACUUAGAGAAGAGUGGGAAGUUCAGAAUUGUCCUGAAGCUGAAGCUCAAGAAAUUAUCGAUAUAUUAUCCCCGUACGGAUUAGAUGUUGCAACUUUGGCUCCUUUAAUUGAAAGAUUAAGAUCAAAUCCAGAAAAAUUUGUUGAUUUUAUGAUGAAAUUUGAGUUAUGUCUUGAGAAACCAGAUCCUUCUCGAUCAUGGAAAAGUGCCAUAACUAUCGGGUCGGCUUAUUUCUUUGGUGGUCUUAUUCCGCUGAUUCCUUAUUUCUUCAUAGAAUCGGCCAUGACGGGCUUGUAUGUUAGUAGUAUUAUAACCUUGUUGGGUCUAGUUAUAUUCGGAUUUAUUAAGGCCAUGUUCACAGCACCUAAUAAGGCAUUAUGGGCUGCUUUUCAAACAGCUCUUGUCGGUGCAAUCGCUGCUGCUGCUGCGUUUGGUGGAGUAAGAAUUAUUGAGGAUUUUUUCCACUAA